CCAUAUGGGCUAUAUAUGGUAUGGUACGUAUUAAAUACUAACACAUAUAUUUUAGGUAUAGCAUACAAAAGAAAGUCCGCAUUCUAAUUUUUGGAUGUAUAUAAUAACAACACACCGACCUCUUCCUUCCUCAAUCCUCUUUUCUAACUCUUCACACUAAAAACCCAAACACACACACACAGAAACCAAAUUUAUAUUUUCUUUUUUUUUCUCUCUCUCUCAAAAUCUUCCCACCAAAUCAAAGUCUUCCUCUAUACAAAUUCCAAGAAAAUGGAACGUGACGACGACUGCCGGAGAUUUCAAGAUUCACCGGCGCAGAAGACGGAGAGAAGAGUGAAAAAUUAUCCAAAAAAGAAAAGAUCAGUCAAAGAUGAUGAAAAAGUUGUUGUUUCAAAGCAUCCAACGUUUCGAGGUGUCAGAAUGAGACAAUGGGGGAAAUGGGUUUCUGAAAUCAGAGAGCCAAAGAAGAAAUCAAGAAUCUGGCUCGGCACUUUCUCCACGGCGGAGAUGGCGGCGCGUGCUCACGACGUUGCUGCUUUAGCCAUCAAAGGCGGUUCUGCUCAUCUCAACUUCCCAGAGCUCGCUUACCACCUCCCUAGACCAGCUAGUGCCGACCCUAAAGACAUCCAAGCCGCCGCCGCAGCAGCUGCAGCCGCAGUAGCCAUUGACAUGGAAGUAGAGACGUCUUCACCGUCUCCGUCUCCCACUGUCACCGAAACGUCAUCUCCGGGUACGACUGCGAUAUCUGACGACGCGUUCUCCGAUCUUCCUGAUCUCUUGCUCGACGUGAACCACAAAAUCGACGGCUUCUGGGAAUCUUUUCCCGACGACGAAGAACCCUUCCUCUCUCAAAGUUACUAGGAAACUCAAAAACGGUGUCGUUUCAUUGUAUGUAUUUUUGCCGUGUGAAAAAAAUUUUGACGUUGAAAAUAUCACCCGGAUAAUCCAAAUUGUAUUGACAAAGAAAAAGGAAAAAAAAAAAAUCCAAAAUUGUAUGAUUGAUUAAUCGUUUUAAGAUAUUCUUCAAAGUGUGAAAAUGUGUGAUAUAAGUAAAAAACGUUACUAUUU